GUUCGACCAGGAUACAAAUACCUUUUGAGGAAAGAGCAUAGAGGGGAAGAAGAGAAAGGCUGAGAAAUGGCAUCGAAUGCAGCAGCACCAUUUUGGAGAUCAGCAGGCAUGACUUACAUAACAUAUUCAAACUUGUGUGCUAAUUUGCUUAGGAAUUGCCUUAAAGAGCCUUACAAAUCCGACGCACUGUCCCGUGAGAAGGUCCAUUACACCAUUUCCAAAUGGGAAAAUGGCAAACCUCAAAAACCCACCAUCCGCUCUGAUACUCCUGAAGAAUGAGAACAAGGCUGGAUCUUGCGAUUUGUUUUUGAUAUUAUGUGAAUUUUUGUACUGCCCUGGUCCUGGCACUGGAACUGUAUUAAAAGCAACCACUCUGAAUUAUAUUCCUGUUUAAUUCAAAAGAUUAAGGCUUUCUUCUCGAGCAUAACAA